GAGCUCCGGGAGGCAGGACAAUGAGUUUCCAGGUGACAGGCCUGGGCCUGGACAAGAUGAAGCUGGACAGUCCCCGGUCCUUCCUGGACCAGGAGGAGGUGGAGGAGGCCGAGGACCGGCAGCUGCUGGAGCCAGAGGCGUGGCGGACCUACACAGCACGCCGCAAUGCGCUGCGGGAGUUCCUGACCUGCGACCUGAGCCCCCACCUGCUGAAGCGCCAUCACGCUCGCAUGGAGCUGCUGAGGAAGUGCUCCUACCACAUCGAGAUCCUCCCCAAGCACCUGGCCCUGGGCGACCAGAACCCGCUGGUGCUCCCCAGCACCAUGUUCCAGCUCAUCGACCCCUGGAAGUUCCAGCGCAUGAAGAAGGUGGGCACCGCGCAGACCAAGAUCCAGCUCCUGCUGCUCGGAGACCUGCUGGAGCAGCUGGACCUCGGCCGUGCCCAGCUGGAUGCCCUGCUCGAGUCGCCUGACCCUCGGCCCUUCCUGGCGGGCUGGGCACUCGUGGAGCAGCGGCUGGCAGACCUGUCGGCCGUCAUGGACAACUUCCUGGCCAUGAUGGUGCCAGGGCGUCUGCAUAUCAAGCACCGCCUGGUGUCUGAUGUCGGCGCCACCAAGAUCCCGCACAUCCGGCUCAUGCUCAGCACCAAGAUGCCUGUCAUGUUUGACCGCAAGGAGUCGGUGGCCCACCAGGACUGGGUCGCCCUGCGCUGGUUCGUCACCAUCCAGCCAGCGGCGCCGGAACAGUUCGAACUGCGCUUCAAGCUGCUGGACCCACGGACACAGCAGGAGUACCUGCAGCGCGGCAUCAUCCCCGUGGCCGCCUGCACCUUCGACGUCCACAACCUGCUGCCCAACCGUGUCUACAAGUUCACCGUCAAGAGGGCAGAGAGCUACACACUGGUCUAUGAGCCCUGGCGGGACAGCCUCACACUGCAGACCAGGCCGGGGCCCCCCGAAGGGCCGCCCCCCCGUCGGCUGGGCAAGCCGGGCCGCCCCUGACUGCAGCUUCCAAGAGAUGGUUUUCUAAUAUUUAUCCACUAAUAAAGAGGAGUAUAAACGCACACACACAAUGAAAGAAGCAGCCUACUUCCGUCCUGAGGGCGGCGGCAGCCACAUGGGUAUUUCUCCUGGCCCAAGC